AUGCGUCGUCAAGGCUAUGGGGAUGGGAUAGGUAUGCAGUGCUUUCAAGAGGCAGUUGCAUACUUCCGCCUCCGCAAUCAAAGGGAGGAGCAACGCCAGAUGCACAUCACCAAUGGAAACAUCCCUGCCAAAAUCCGGGCCGGGUCGAAGCUCAAGAAGGCUCCCACGCCGAACAUGACUAAGGUGAAGGUUGUGUCUGUGCUUGAAGCUCAGCAGAUGCCAAAGGCCAGCCAUACAUACGACACACUGCGUCACAAGAACGCAAAACGAAUGAAUGAGAUUGCAAGCAUGCCCUGUCAUGAGAUCUUUCCUGCCAUAGAGAAAUGGCGUCAGGAGCGCCCUACUUCCGAGUCCAACGAUGCAAGCCUUGUGCCUCCACGUCCGCCAGCAGGACGUGCAGAUGAAGCAGAAGCAGAGUUUCAGCCGGUUCUCAGCCGUCGCAAAGUGAAGGCCGCGAAGCGAGAGGCCAAUCUCGCUGCAAAGCGUAAGCUAGAUGCCGCCCACUGGAAUGCACCCAUCCUCACUGCCCCGCCGGUUCGUGGAGUUGAAGGUGUGUAUCUUGCAAACAACAGUGCUGAUGCUGAGGCGCUUGUGGCCGGUGGCUUGUUUGACGGCUACACCUUUGCAGGGAAGCUGGCAGUGCUUUUCUUGGGCACGCCUUCAGACAGCCUUUUGAGCUCAGCGCAGCAGCACCACAUUAACCCGGUGCCUUGCAGCAUCCCUGUCAUGAAAGGUGUUGGCACAUAUGUCGAAACAGGUUUCGUGUGGCAGAUCGGCGCUCAGGAGGUCAAAUCCUUGAUCGUUCCUCUUGAGGUUAAUUGGUCCACCACCCAGCAGCCCACGAUUGUUGCAGUCGAUGCUGUCAAUGUUAGCGUGUAUGGGGCCAAGCUCAACACACUGUUCAAAGGUGAUACCUUUACCGCCACCUUUCGUGCAAGCGAUGCCCUUGUUGCCAAACUGCGUGAAUGCAGUGGCGUGGAUGGUGUGGCGUUCCGUAGGACCUCCUUUGGAAACACGGCGCAGUACGACAAGGAAGAGGUUGAAGAAUCCAAAGCGCCGUUCCCUCACUCUGUCCCUUUGGAUACAGCGCUGGAGCAGCUCAAGCAGCUUCAGGGCCACAAAGGCCUGUACUUCAAAAGGGAUGGCCACUCACUGAUUGCAAGAGUUCCCAAGUCGUUGGAGGAUGCUGCCUGGAAGUUGAUUGCCUCGCGUACAGUUCCCGGCAAGUCCAUGUACGAGAUUGACCAGCUGCCAAGAUCCCUAGCUGCAGAGGACUUGGUAAGCCUUUUGCAGAAAGAGGUGCACUGGGAUACGGAGGUCGUCCGUGUCAAAACGUGUGGCACCAAGCAGUCCCCGUGGAAGAAGGCGCUCGUGAGGGCAACAACGGAGCCUGCCCACACCUUUUUGCAAAUCCAAGGUCGCAUUUCCACCAUCCGCCCGUACGCCAAAGAUGGCCCCAAGCCCACGAGUGCGGCCAGUGAAGUUCCUACCCCGGCCUCCACGGCCAUGGACACCUCGUCCCCGCCGGAGCCUCUUGGGGUAGAAUCCCUCCAGAAGGCCAUUGUCAGUUCUGUGACGCAGGCGCUAACUGCACAGGUUACAACCAUGGUAGGCCAGGUCCAAGAUAGCUUGAUGAAGAAGUAUGAGCAGGAUCAGGCUAGCAUUCACGCCACCAUGCAGCAGCAGAUUGAGCAGCUUACGCUGGACACCCUCCAGCGCAAGGCGGCGCGCACGCAAGGGUGA